GUCACAAGGGGAUGCGCGGAGCCAUGGACCGAGCAGCCCUGAUCGAAGCCUUCAAGGCGCAGACAAGGGAUGACCCGGACCUGGCCUCGGCCGUGGCCGCCAUCCGCGCCCUGCUCGAGUUCCUCAAGAGAGACACAGAGGAGACCAUGCAGGGCUUCCGCGCAAACCUCAAAAACGCCAUCGAAAUACUCUCGGGCGUCGACUCCUCAGUGGCCGUCUCCUCCGGGGGAGAGCUAUUUCUCCGGUUCAUCAGCCUCACUUCGCUGGAGUACACGGACUACUCCAAGUGCAAAGAGAUCAUGAUCGAGCGAGGGGAGAUCUUCCUCAGGAGAAUCUCUCUUUCCAGAAACAAAAUCGCGAAGCUCUGCCACCCGUUCAUCAAAGACGGUGCUCGAAUAUUAACCCAUGCCUAUUCAAGAGUGGUCCUCAGAGUGCUAGAAGCAGCUGCAGAGUCAAAGAAGCGUUUCAGAGUUUACGUUACAGAAUCACAGCCAGAUCAAGCAGGGCAAAAAAUGGCAAAGGCUCUCAGCAAGUUGAACGUUCCUGUUACCGUGAUUCUGGAUGCUGCUGUAGGUUACAUUAUGGAAAAAGUGGACCUGGUAAUAGUUGGUGCUGAAGGCGUAGUUGAAAAUGGAGGAAUCAUUAAUAAGAUUGGUACAAAUCAAAUGGCUGUGUGCACCAAGGCUCAGAAUAAGCCCUUUUAUGUCGUUGCUGAAAGUUUCAAGUUCGUAAGACUCUUCCCUCUAAAUCAACAGGAUGUCCCAGACAAAUUUAAGUACAAAGCAGACACCUUGAAAACAAGCCAAAAUCUAGCUGAGGAGCACCCAUGGAUUGACUACACUUCGCCAUCACUAAUUACAUUACUGUUUACAGACCUGGGAGUGUUAACUCCAUCAGCUGUCAGUGAUGAACUUAUUAAACUUUAUCUGUAAUGAAGAGGAUUCACUGUACAGAACCUGGGACUUUGGCUCCUCGGAACUAUAGCAUCUAUGAAGCUGCAGAUGUAAAGGAACGCUCAUCAAUCUGUGGCACUUGUGGCUUCUGAAUAAAAGGUUAUCUGUAGCCACAAA